AUGAAGGUCAUCAUUAUUGGGGCCGGUAUUGGAGGACUGGUUUGUGCCAUUGCCUGUCGGCGGGAGGGCCUUUCUGUCACUGUUCUUGAGCGCACUCCUGUUUUAGCUCCUGUGAAAAAGCUCGGGGCAAAGAGCGUGCUUCUCGAUUCCAUCGAUUACCUGCGAUACGAAAACGGCGAGGUAAUCUUCAAAAUUGAUGGAGCAAACACCAUCUUGGACAAAUUUGGGGAUAUCUGGAUGGUCAUCGGUCGCCCUGACUAUCACGAUGUCUUGGUCAACACAGCAAGAGAGGCUGGUGUGGAGAUCAACCUCGAUUCCGAGGUUGACACCAUUGAUUUCAACAACACGAAAAUUCGAACCAAGCGAGGGGAAACGUUCGAGGCGGACGUGAUUGUCGGCGCUGACGGUCUCUGGUCUAAUUCUCGAAACCAAUUACUAGGUCGAGCAUCUCCGCCGGCCGAAUCAGGCGAUCUUGCCUAUCGGGCUACCAUCAGCCGCGAGCAGCUGCUAGCACUUGACGAUCCUUCCAUCAAUAAACUCAUACAAGAGAAGUCUGCCAAGUGUUGGAUGGGUCCUGGCAGACACUGCGUCUUCUACCCACUGGCAGGGGGUGAGGUGUUCAAUCUGGUGCUCCUACGACCUGACAAUCUAGACAAGGAUGUUCGACAAGCCCCCGGCGAUAUCGAUGAGAUGAGGGCCUGUUUCGAGGGCUGGGAUCAGAGACUGACGAGGAUGAUAUCUUGCAUCUCGACCGUGCUGAAAUGGAAACUUUGCCACCAUGAAGAGCUUGUGACCUGGACCAAGGGUUCCGUUGCGCUACUCGGAGAUGCGUGCCACCCAACCUUGCCUUAUCAAGCCCAGGGUGCAGCGAUGGCUGUGGAAGAUGGAGCUGUCUUGGGCAAGCUUCUCGGUCUCUUGGACAAGUCACAGAUCCAUGACGAGAAGAACCAUAUCCCGGAAAUCCUGAAACUUUACGAGUCUCUCCGUAAGACGAGGACCACCACCAACGUUCAGGGAGCAAACUCAAACCGUGUCUCAUAUCAUCUCCCAGACGGGCCACUCCAACAAGAAAGAGAUGCUUGCCUUUCCAGAGGGGUUAGAAGCCUUACCGGCGUGAGGAAUCAUUUUGCUGAUUUAGAAUAUCUGCGUUCUUUGCUAGCUUUCGAUGCUGUUGGAGAGGCCAUCCAGGCAUUUGAGAAGUGGCAGGCGUCUCAGACAGGCAGCUCGGCUGAAAAGGUAGUCUUGGCCAAGUUGUAA